AUGGAAUCAGUUCAGAUAAGAGAUGAUGAGGUUCCAGCCUACAGUGGCAGAGCUGGAGAGGAAGAAACAGAACAUUGUGAGAUGGAGAAUCAGCAAGACUUGACUUGUACUGAUGUUCUGUGCUGCAUAAUCUUCCUACUGUUCAUUCUUGGCUACAUUCUUGUAGGACUUGUGGCCUGGGUACAUGGCGACCCCAGGAGAGUGGCCUAUCCUACAGACAGCCACGGCCAUUUUUGUGGCCAGAAGGGCACCCCCAAUGAGAACAAGACCAUUUUGUUUUACUUUAACCUGCUGAGCUGUACCAGCCCAUCUGUGUUGAUAAACUUACAAUGUCCUACCACACAGAUCUGUGUCUCCAAGUGCCCAGAAAAAUUUUUAACCUAUUUGGAAAUGCAACUUUUAUACCCAGAAAACAAAAGCUACUGGGAAUACUACAGUCAGUUCUGCAAGCCCAAUGCUAAGCCUGCAAAGUCUCUUGCACAACUCUUACUGGACGAUGAUUGUCCAACAGCGAUUUUUCCAAGCAAAUCUUUUCUCCAGAGAUGUCUCCCUGACUUCUCUACUAGAAAUGGCUCUUUAACAGUAGGAAGGAAGAUGCUGUUUGCAGAUGGAAAUGGAAAGACAAGAAAUGUUAUAGAACUCAGGGAGGCUUCAAAUGUUAUCAAUAAAAUCCUUGAUGCAAGGACAAUUGGAAUGAAAGUGUUUGAAGACUAUGCAACAACUUGGUAUUGGAUUCUCAUUGGCCUGAGCAUUGCCAUGUUCCUUAGUUGGACAGUUUUGAUACUCCUGAGGUUCAUAGCUGGAUGCCUUUUCUGGAUCUUCGUGUUUGGUGUGAUUGGAAUUACAGGAUAUGGAAUAUGGCACUGUUACCAGGAAUAUACAAAUCUUCAGGAACACCCAAAUUCUACAUUAACUAUAUAUGACGUUGGGAUUCAGAUUAAUUUAAGCAUGUACUUUCGACUGAAACAAACAUGGUUUGCACUUAUGAUAAUACUCUGCAUCACUGAAGUGAUUGUCAUCCUCUUGCUGAUCUUCCUCAGGAAACGAAUCCAACUUGCCAUUAUCCUGCUGAAGGAAGGAAGCAAAGCCAUUGGAUACAUCCCCAGUACAUUAGUUUAUCCAGUUUUAACUUUCAGUUUGCUUUCAGUCUGCAUCGCCUACUGGGCUGUGACAGCAGUUUUCUUGGCUACAUCAGGGGUACCUGUGUACAAAGUCACAGCCCCAGAGGGGCAUUGUAUACAUGAAAAUGAAACCUGUAUCCCAGAGAUUUUUAAUACAACUGAAAUUGUGAAAGCUUGCCCUGGGGCUCAGUGUAACUUUGCUUUCUAUGGUGGAAAGAGCUUGUACCAUGAAUACAUCACUACCUUCCACAUAUACAAUCUGUUUGUAUUUCUCUGGCUUGUAAACUUUGUCAUUGCACUGGGUCAGUGCGCCCUUGCUGGUGCCUUUGCUGCUUAUUACUGGGCUGCAAAAAAACCUGAUGACAUCCCACCAUAUCCACUUUUUACUGCAUUUGGACGAGCCGUACGAUAUCACACAGGAUCCCUAGCAUUUGGCUCUUUACUUCUUGCAUUAGUUCAAGUAUUUAAAAUGUUCCUGGAAUACUUGGACAACCGUCUUAAAAAUGCCCAGAACAACUUUUCUAAAUUCCUACGCUGUUGCAUGAUAUGCUGUUUCUGGUGUUUGGAUAAAAUGCUAAAAUUUUUAAACAGAAAUGCUUAUAUUAUGAUUGCAAUAUAUGGCAAAAACUUCUGCAGGUCAGCAAGAGAUGCUUUCAAUCUGCUUAUGAGAAAUGUUUUAAAUGUUGCAGUUACGGAUGAAGUUGUGCACUUUGUAUUAUUGCUGGGGAAACUUCUAGUUGCUGGGAGUAUAGGUGUUCUGGCUUUCUUACUCUUCACACAAAGAAUGCCAAUGAUUUCAGAAGGACCGACAACUUUAAAUUACUACUGGGUACCUUUACUGACUGUCACUUUUGGAGCUUACUUAAUUGCACACGGGUUCUUCAGCGUCUAUGCAAUGUGUGUUGAAACAAUUUUCAUCUGCUUCUGUGAAGAUCUGGAAAGAAAUGAUGGAUCUACAGAAAAACCCUACUUCAUAACCCCUAACCUUCACGGAAUUCUGAUCAAGAAGCAACUAGCUCCCCCGAAGCAGAAAGAGUAG